GCACAUGCGCACAGGCAGCGCGGCCGGCACGCGGCGCUCGCGCUCCCUGCUUAAAUGAGACUGGGCGCCCCGCGCCCGCCACUUCAGUGGAUCCCGCACCUGGGCCGCGGGCGGAGCUGCCAGCCACUCCCGCGCCGCGCGCCCGCACUCCUCGGCCCUCGGGCGGUCGAUGGGACGGGGCGCCGCGGAGCAGGAGGCGGCGCCCGUCGGGGGGCUCGGGCCGCGCGGGAGCCCACCGAGGGGCUCGGGCAUGGCGGGCCGCAGGACCUGAGCCCUACCCCGCGGGGAGGCAGCUGCCGGUCGGCGAUGGGGAGAGAACGGGGCCGCCGCCGCCGCGCCGGGCCGUGAGCGCCACCGCCGCCGCCGCCACCACCACCUCAGCCCCUCGCGAAGCGCCGGGCAGCUCGGGAACAUGGCCUUGGAGCGGCUCUGCUCGGUCCUCAAAGUGUUGUUAAUAACAGUACUGGUAGUGGAAGGGAUUGCUGUGGCCCAAAAAACCCAAGAUGGACAAAAUAUUGGAAUCAAGCACAUUCCUGCAACCCAGUGUGGCAUUUGGGUUCGAACCAGCAAUGGAGGUCAUUUCGCUUCACCAAAUUAUCCUGACUCAUAUCCACCAAACAAGGAGUGUAUCUACAUUUUGGAAGCUGCUCCACGUCAAAGAAUAGAGUUGACCUUUGAUGAACAUUAUUAUAUAGAACCAUCAUUUGAGUGUCGGUUUGAUCACUUGGAAGUUCGAGAUGGGCCAUUUGGUUUCUCUCCUCUUAUAGAUCGUUACUGUGGUGUGAAAAGCCCUCCAUUAAUUAGAUCAACAGGGAGAUUCAUGUGGAUUAAGUUUAGUUCUGAUGAAGAGCUUGAAGGACUGGGAUUUCGAGCAAAAUACUCAUUUAUUCCAGAUCCAGAUUUUACUUACCUAGGAGAUUGUCAGUUCGAGCUCUCGGGAGCUGAUGGAAUAGUGCGCUCUAGUCAGGUAGAACAAGAGGAGAAAACAAAACCAGGCCAAGCCGUUGAUUGCAUCUGGACCAUUAAAGCCACUCCAAAAGCUAAGAUUUAUUUGAGGUUCCUAGAUUAUCAAAUGGAGCACUCAAAUGAAUGCAAGAGAAACUUCGUUGCAGUCUAUGAUGGAAGCAGUUCUAUUGAAAACCUGAAGGCCAAGUUUUGCAGCACUGUGGCCAAUGAUGUAAUGCUUAAAACAGGAAUUGGAGUGAUUCGAAUGUGGGCAGAUGAAGGUAGUCGGCUUAGCAGGUUUCGAAUGCUCUUUACUUCCUUUGUGGAGCAUGUCACAUUGUUUAUCUGUCCACCCAUCAAUGGGCAUUUUGUUUGUUCCCACCUUCUGGCUGUUGUGCAUAAUGCUGCUGUGAACAUUGCUCCCUGCACAAGCAGCACUUUCUUUUGCCAUAGCAACAUGUGCAUCAAUAAUUCUUUAGUCUGUAAUGGUGUCCAAAAUUGUGCAUACCCUUGGGAUGAAAAUCACUGUAAAGAAAAGAAAAAAGCAGGAGUAUUUGAACAAAUCACUAAGACUCAUGGGACAAUUAUUGGCAUUACUUCAGGGAUUGUCUUGGUCCUUCUCAUUAUUUCUAUUUUGGUACAAGUGAAACAGCCUCGAAAAAAGGUCAUGGCUUGCAAAACUGCUUUUAAUAAAACCGGGUUCCAAGAAGUCUUUGAUCCUCCUCAUUAUGAACUGUUUUCACUAAGGGACAAAGAGAUUUCUGCAGACCUGGCAGACUUGUCGGAAGAACUGGACAACUACCAGAAGAUGCGGCGCUCCUCCACCGCCUCCCGCUGCAUCCAUGACCACCACUGUGGGUCGCAGGCCUCCAGCGUCAAACAAAGCAGGACCAACCUCAGUUCCAUGGAACUUCCUUUCCGAAAUGACUUUGCACAACCACAGCCAAUGAAAACAUUUAACAGCACCUUCAAGAAAAGUAGUUACACUUUCAAACAGGGACAUGAGUGCCCUGAGCAGGCCCUGGAAGACCGAGUAAUGGAGGAGAUUCCCUGUGAAAUUUAUGUCAGGGGGCGAGAAGAUUCUGCACAAGCAUCCAUAUCCAUUGACUUCUAAUCUUCUGCUAAAGGUGACGUGAAUUCUUAAGUGUGUAUGUACGCAGCCUCCAGGGCACCAUACUGUUUCCAGCAGCCAACCCUUUUCUCCCAUCACAACUACGAAGACCUUGAUUUACCGUUAACCUAUUGUAUGGUGAUGUUUUUAUUCUCUCAGGCAGUCUGUAUAUGUUAAACCAAUCAAGGAACUUACUCUAUUCAGUGGAAACAAUAAUCAUCUCUAUUGCUUGGUGUCAUUUAUAGGAAGCACCGCCAGUUAAAGAGCAUUGGAAGAGGUGGUUAGAUGGAGCCAGACUCAGGCUGCCUAUUCGUUUUAGCAACGGGAAGACUGCUCUUGACUGAUACAGCUCUGUCAAUAUUUUGAUGCCACAAUAAACUUUAAGAUUUUUCUUUACAUUUUAUUUUUCCUUUCUCUAAAUUUAAUUUGUUUUAUAAGCCUAUAGUUUUACCAUUUCAGUUUCUUACAUAAAUACAAGUGGUUAAUGUACCACAUACUUCAAUAUAGGCAUUUGUUCUUGAAUGUGUCAAAAUACAGCUAGUUACUGUGCCAAUUAAGACCCAGUUGUAUUUCAUCCAUCUGUUUCUUCUUGGCUAAUCUCUAUACUUCUGUCUUUUAAUUACUGGGCCUUUAGUCCUUAUUUUCUGUGAGAAAUAAUAGAUGAUAUUUAUCACCUUUCAAUUACAUUUUUUCUCAAUUAUACUGGAAAAUUUCAUAAUCCUGGGAUAUAGGUACCAUUGCCCACUAUGACUAACAAUUUGAAAAAGAUAAAAAUUUCUAGCAAGCCUUUGAAGUUUCCCAAAUAUAGUCACAUUCAGUGACAGCCCAUUCAUUCCAGUAAACGAAGUCAUUUCAUUCAUUUUGGGAGAGGCCUAUAAUUACAUAUAUUUGCAAUGUUUCUCUUCGCUAGAUUGUUACAUAGCUCCUGUUCUACUGAUACUGCUUACCGCAUAUGGUAACCAAGGUUAGAUGCGAGUUAAAAUUCCUUAGAAACUGGAUGAGCCUUGAGAUUGCUUCUUACCUGGGACAGGACAUUUUUCUAGCUCUUAUCAAGAAUAACAACUUCCACUUUUUUUUAAACUGCACUUUUGACUUUUUUUAUGGUAUAUAAACAAUAAUUUAUAAACAUAAUAUAAAUGCUCAUUGUGUUUUUUUAGACUUUUGAUAUUAUUUGAUACUGUACAAACUUUAUUAAAUCAAGAUGAAAGACCUACAGGACAGAUUCCUUUCAGUGUUCACAUCAGCGGCUUUGUAUGCAAAUAUGCUGUGUUGGACCUGGACGCUGUAACUUAUUGUAAAGACCUUGGUAAUGUGGACAUAAGCUCUUUCUUUCCUUUUGUUACUGCAUUUAGUCUGUGAUAAAUUUUUCACUGUGUGAUAUUUAUUGCUCUAAAUCACUACACAAAUCCUAUAUUAAAAUACAUUGUACC